AUGAUCAAGAGCUUUGCAAAGAUGCGUUUCGCCUUUGCUCUUAGACUAUGGGUGGCGGCACUGGUGCUCAUGUGCACCUGUGUCGAUGCUACAGGAGGCAACCGUGCCCAAUACGACGGGCUCGAUCUCACCUUGAGGCUAGGGCCUUCAUCAGCUUCAUCGAGCCAAGUUUCCGACGAAGGUACGACUUCCAUCUCACCAGACACCAAUGAGGGCCUCAGUGAGGCCUCGUCUUCCCGGUCGUCAACUGUAUCGGACCGCAUCAGAGGCUUCGACCUGAACGAUCCAGACUACAGGACUUUUUCUAGUGUCGGCUCCUCGCAACGCCCUGAGCAAGCAUUUCAGGGACACAGCGCUGCCGUGCCGGCACUGGAAGGAGGGCUGGGCAUGGCAGAUGCCGCAGUGCGAAGGCACGUGUCUGGAACCUGGCUGCAACACAGACACGAUCACUUUGUCAAAGAACGCCUGCCCAUCGUUUCGGCGGAUGGCAAGCUCAGCCCUGGGGGCGCCAUGCUGUUCCAGGAGCGCAUCAGCGAUCUACAGGCGACUAAAAGGACAGCACGUCGACGCUUCCACAACUGGCAAGCUAUCGCUGCAAGAAUGGCACCCAAGGGCCAACCCGUCAAAGCUUCGUCCAAGGUACGCCAGCAAGCUCUUACGGACAUAGAGCUCAUGAGCAGCAUAGAAGCACUCCUUCACCGCCUCGCAUCGUAG